AUGACGGUGAAAAACACAACUCCACGCCCAAGAUGGCACCCUUCACCCACAUACCAUCUCAAAGCACCAAGAGGCUGGAUCAACGACCCUUGUGCACCCGGAUAUGAUGCUUCUACUGGUACAUAUCACUUGUCAUAUCAAUGGAACCCCAAAUCCUGCGAUUGGGGUGACAUCACUUGGGGCCAUCUCACGAGUAAAGAUGGUUUGACGUGGAAGCAAAACACACAAAACCCUGUCUUGGAACCCUCAGAGUCAUAUGAUAAGGAAGGCAUCUUUACAGGUUGCCUACACCCAACAGGUCUCCAGGGCGAGGAAGGCCAGCUUACAGUUAUCUACUCGUCCAUCACACAUCUUCCAAUCCACUGGACUCUACCAUAUACUCGAAACUGCGCUGGGCUCUCUGUAGCCACAUCAAAUGACGGGGGAAAGACAUGGAACAAGAGCGCGCAGAACCCCAUUCUGGACGGCGAACCCGAAGGUGUCACUGUCACAGGCUUCCGGGACCCUUUCCUGGCAGAAUGGCCUGCUAUGGACGAGAUUCGAGGCGAGGCAAGCCUGUAUGGUUUCGUAUCAGGAGGUAUCGUUGAUGGUGGACCUACUGUGUUCCUCUAUGCUAUUUCACCGACCGACUUAACCCAGUGGACCUACCUCGGUCCUUUAGUCGACCUCCCCACCGGAUAUAGCCCCUCUGGUCGAUGGGGCGGCGAUUUCGGUGUUAACUGGGAAUGCGUCAACUUUAUGACACUUCACAACGACUCCGAAGAAUGUCCGUUUAUGCUUAUGGGAACAGAAGGUGGAGUGAAGCCCGGGGCGAAGGAGGGUGCUGAGCAGUGGUCAUUGUGGAUGGCCGGUUCUUUGGAGCAGACACAGGAGGGCCCCAGGCUCAAACCAGAGUUUGACGGCAUCCUCGAUCAUGGAUGCCUAUAUGCCCCAAAUUCGUAUGAGCAUCCCAUUACGAAGAACAGAAUUGUGUGGGGAUGGCUAAAGGAGGAUGACUUGACUCUGGCACGCCGCGAGAAUAAGGGAUGGACAGGAUACUUUUCUCUUCCCCGAGAGUUGUUCCUGUACUCCGUCGACAACGUUACAAGAUCGCUCACAUCUCCACUUCAGGACCUUGGUUGUAUCAAGGCCACAGAUAAUGGAAGAGGGUCUAGUACGGUUCAAACACUUGGUAUCCGACCACUUCCGAACUUGGAAGGUCUCAGACGAGGAAAACCAGCGUAUUGGAACAGCCUCGAUAGCUCGGCAGCUCUGGGAGGUCUCAUCAACGCACACUCUGGAUGUUGGGAACUGGAAGCCACGAUUAAAGUGUCGCCAACCGAUCAAAGCAUGGGCUUCUGGAUCCGACACAACAAAGACUUGACGCAAGGAACAAGCAUCCACUUUUCUCCCCAAAAUGAAACGAUCACCAUCAACAAGUCCAUGUCAAAUAACGAAACUGAUAUCGAAAAAGCCCCUGUCUCGGGCCCCUUCACUCUGUUCUACUAUGACAGAAAUGGAUCAGAGGAGCUGGAGAAGCUACAUCUGCGUAUCUUCUGCGAUGGAGAUGUUCUAGAGGUGUUCGCCAACGAUCGCUUCGCUUUAUCUACAAUGGUAUACGCCGAUACAAGGGACUGUACUGGUAUCAGUUGGUUUGUGGAAAGCCACGAGCCAAGUGAGAGUGUCUUUGAAUCUGUCAAGCUAUGGGAGAAUAUGAAAGAGGUGCUAGAAGUGGAUGAGCCUAUUAUUUAUGAGCGAAGUCAGCUCUAA